CGGGGGGGUGUACCACGGCGGAGACAGCUUCUCUACAAGCGGAGCUCUUUUUUACGGGCUUUGUGUAGUGGAUGUGAAUGAGCCGCAUCACCUCUUCCGGAAAUGUGGACGGACGUGAGGAUAUUGUUACUUUUUUACACGGCAGUGCCAAGGCUGCUCACCUCAGAAGUGACGGAUGAGUGUGAGGAUGGACAGUUUCAGUGUAACAACAAAAGGUGUAUACCUACCCUGUGGAGGUGUGAUGAUGACGACGACUGCUCGGACAACAGCGACGAAGAAAACUGCCCCAGGAAAACAUGCACCCCUGCAGAGUUUGCCUGCUUGAAUGGCCAGUGUGUCCCAGGGCGAUGGCGCUGUGAUGGGGAACCAGAAUGUCCCGAUGGUUCUGACGAGGCAGAGGAGACUUGCAGCAAACAGACUUGCCCACCAGAGAAAUUCGACUGUGGGGGAUCCAAUAAGUGUGUCUCAUUGUCAUGGAGGUGUGACGGGGAGAGGGAUUGCGAGAACGGGGCGGACGAGGAAGACUGUGCAUCUGACGCCAAAGCCUGCCCUACUGGUGAGUUCAUGUGUGCAAACCGCAAGUGUUUGGCCGCCGUCUACGUGUGUGACGGUGACGACGACUGCGGCGACGGCAGCGAUGAGCUCAAGUGUACUUCGCCUCUGACCUGCGGGCCCAACCACCUGCGCUGUAACACCUCCGAGUGUGUGCCGCUCAUGUGGAGUUGCGACGGAGACCCCGACUGUGCAGAUAGUUCAGACGAGGGGCCGGAACGCUGUGGUGUAGAUGGCGUCCAUCUGGCUAACCGCAGGGCCAACUGCACUGCGGAGGAGUUCCGCUGUGCUAACGGAGAGUGUGUAAGACUGAGCUGGAAAUGUGACGGCGAUCCCGACUGCAAGGACAAGUCUGAUGAGUCUGACUGCCCCCUCCUGACGUGCCGUCCUGAUGAGUUCCAGUGUGGUGAUGGGUCUUGCAUCCAUGGCACCAAGCAGUGUAAUAAGGUCAACGACUGUCCCGACCACAGUGAUGAAUCAGGCUGCGUCAACGCCACCAAAUGUGAGGGACCCCUGAAGUUCCAGUGUAAGAACGGGGAGUGUAUCGAUAGUUCCAAAGUGUGCGACUCUGUCAAGGACUGCAAGGACCGAUCAGACGAGCCCAAGAAAGAGUGUGGGCUUAACGAGUGCACGAUCAACAAUGGCGGCUGCUCCCACGUCUGCAUGGACCGACCCAUUGGAUUUGAGUGUCAAUGCCCUGCCGGCUACCAGCUGCUGGACAAGAAGACUUGUGGUGACAUUGAUGAAUGUGAGGACCCGGACGCCUGCAGCCAGAUCUGCAUCAACUACAAGGGGGAUUUUAAGUGCGAAUGCUAUGAAGGGUACGAGAUGGAUCCAGUCACAAAGACCUGCAAGGCGGAGGGAAAAAGCCCAUACCUACUGUUCACGAACCGACAUGAGAUUCGACGUAUCGACCUGGUGAAGAGGGAUUACAGCCAAGUGGUUUCCACCCAGAAGAAUGCUGUGGCUCUAGAUCUGGAUGUGGCCAACAACAGGGUCUUUUGGUGCGAUCGUUUUCACCGGAAAAUCUACAGUGCCUUCAUCCACGAGGCCAGUGAUCCGUCUCAGCAGGUGCAACUGGUGGAUUCGUCGCUGCAAACCCCCGUGGGUCUUGCUCUGGACUGGCUGCAGCACAACCUGUACUGGGCCGAUUCCGGUGACAAAUCCAUCUCGGUAGCCUCGGUGGACGGCACCAAGAGACGCGUCCUCAUCAACACAGACCUGAGUGAGCCCAGAGCCAUAGCGCUGGAUCCCCAUCAUGGUUUCAUGUACUGGUCGGACUGGGGAACAAGAGCCAAGAUAGAGAAGUCCGGGAUGAAUGGAGUGGACCGGCAGGUGCUGGUUGCUGAUAACAUUGAAUGGCCCAAUGGCAUCACUCUGGAUGUGGCGAACCGCCGUCUGUACUGGGUGGAUUCCAAGCUGCACCUCAUAGCCAGCGUGGAUCUGAAAGGAGCUCAUCGUAGAACACACAUGGCCAGUGCAGAGAGGCUGGGGCACCCUUACGCUCUGGCUGUUUUUGAGGAUCGUAUCUACUGGACAGACCGAGACAAGGCGUCAGUCUUCAUGGCCAACAGACUGACAGGUCAGGACAUUCACACCUUGGCUGAAAACCUCAACGAUCCCCACGACAUCGUGGUCUUCCAUCAGCUCCGACAGCCGCGAGGCCCAGACAGCUGUAAUCUGGGCAGCGUGGCCAAUGGAGGCUGCGAGUACUUAUGCCUUAAAGCACCACAGAUUACAGAGCAUUCUCCUAAGUACACCUGCGCCUGCCCCGAUGGACAAGACCUUGGCCCCGAUAUGAGGGGCUGUGUGCCAGCAGCACCUAGAAACGACAUGCCGCCAACAUCCUCGCCGGCUCCGCUUGCACCUGCUACCACGGCAACUGCUCCAAAAGACUUCCUACCGCCUUCGGAGGGAGCCUCGCAGGCGGACGCCACGCCGCUUUUGACCACAUCGCCUCUUGCCGCCCUCGAGCCCCACAACCCCCUCAGCACGCUGAAGGCGGUGUCAUCGCAGGAGUCGAAGGCGCUGGGAUCGCACUCCACCGCCACUGUGACUGUGGAGUCCACCACACCUGCGGGGGACAGCAGCGUGUCACAACACUCUGGAGGUGAGCAUUUCAUCCUGGGUGAGAACCUGACAGUGGCUGUUUUAGGGGUGGUCAUCCCUAUUGUUCCUAUCGUUGCCACAGUGGUGUUUGGCCUGGUCUGCGCCGGGGUCUACCUGGUGUGGCGGAACUGGAGGCGCAACUCCACCAAGAGCAUGAACUUUGACAAUCCCGUCUACCGCAAGACCACCGGCGAGGGCGAGGAGGACGAGAUCCACAUCGGUCGGACUGACGGCAUCGGGCACCACGCGCACCACCACCCGUACCCGCAGGCCGUCGGCAUGGGAGUCGUCGGUGCGGGGGGUGGCACCUGCCCGCAGUUCAUCACCCUGCCGCUCGGGGGCAGCAUGCCUGAUCCGGGGACUCACUGGUACACGGAGCAGCCGAUGCUCGCCGCCGCAAAGUGAACCAGCAGGAGGGCUUCAGGGGAAAGAUGGCCGCCAAGGCACACGCACACAUGAUGACGACAACACAUCAUCAAAUGCCAUCCAUGCCAGUUUUCCCAAGCGGAUGAACUGGGAUCUAUUUUUCUCUGAUCAAGUCAUCUUUUGCAUUGAUGGAGUGUGUGCGCCAAAUAUUUUGUAACAAAUCCGGUGAGUGUUACGUCCUCGUUGUGUGAAAUCGUGGCGCUGCGUUGAUGGGACAAUCUGUACAGAUUCACGUCAGAAUCGGUCAAUGUGUCAAAACAAAAAGUGGCGCUUUCUUGCCGUUUGCGUUUUCGCUUCGAAAGUGACUCAUUUCCACGCGAAUCUGCUGCUUCCUCACCAGCCCGGACCCCAUAAGGGCGACCUGAGUGUUCCUUCACAAUGCAGUUAUGUACCGUUCCACCAAGAGGUGUUAUUUUUAUUCGACCUUCAACGCGCCCAAAAGUGACGGGAGCUUUGCUGUGCGCAACCUUUUUUUUUGUUUCCCCCACCCCUUCACUGUGACUUUUAAAUGCUACCAGGUGUGAGAGCUGCAAUAUAUCACAAUGAGAGCGUUCUGUUGUGCGUUCGUGCUGUUUUCUAGUUGGGAGGAUCCAAUGUGCAGUGCACUUGCCUCCCCAAAUAUAAACAAACAUGAUUAAUUGCAUCACAAUGCAGUCACUGUUGCGGGCAGGACACACACACACACACACACACACACACACACAAGUGGGACAGCCCAGCAGGUGGCUGCAGAUGAUCACAAAAAUACACAAAACCCCAAAAUACGACACCCCUGCCAACCUGCGUGUGCGUGUGUGUGUUCACUAUUAUGCAUGUGAGCGCCGAUGUUCAUCCCACAGCCAUAUUUGACCAGUUUUUAUGCUCUCUGUUGCACAACCCUCUUAGAAUGCCUCGUGUGUUGCAUGAAAGCGUGGAUGAGUGCGAUAGAGACGAGGGUGUUUUUUGACUCAUUGACGUGUAAAUAUGUUUUCAUAAGGUUUUUUGAUAAUGUAUGAUAGCCUCCGACGAUGUAAAACAGACCGUGUACAUAAGAUUUUAGAUAAAGUGUUGACAGGUAUAUUAAUUUAUUUGUACAAAGAGUUUCCUGCUUGUAAGAAAUCCAAAUUAUCCACCAAAGCUGUCGGUGUUAUUUUUUAUUGUGCAUCUUCUUUUUUCUCCGUUAACCCAUGUAAAAAAUACCGUGCACCCCCUUGGGUAAAAAAAAAACAAAUACUUGUUUUGUACAUUUCACAUACCUUAGUGUUAAUGUUUAAAAAAAAAAAACAACAACAACAACAAUUAUUAUGUUUGUGCCUUUUUUUUAUUUUGGUUUGUUUUCUUUUUGUUGUUUUCAUGAAAACACUGACUACUUUGCAAAGACAAACUUUAUUGAAACCAAACUGGUUCCACUUUUUGAUUUUCUGUGAUGUACUGCUUUUGAAUAUCUCUAUAUAUUGAUACAUAAAAGUUGGACUGAAAGUUUUCAUCAUGUGUGCGCUUGUUUUUCAGCACAAACGAAGUGCGUUUCACAAACCGACAACACGUCCCUCGAGAUCAGUGCUUCUCCAAUAGUGGGCCAGGCUCCCCUGGGGGCAGAGUGUGCUUCCUUGGUUAAUUCAUUUUAUAGUAAAUCCGGGUCAAAAUUGCAUAUUUUGCAUGGUGACGUUUGGAUAAAGUUUGACGUGAGCACCGAUAAACAGAUAAGUAAUCAUCCUACGUAUCGUUUAUUCCAGUCUGAUGUUGGCAUCCUUUCAUUUGAAUGGCUUGAAUUUCAGCUUCUUAUUGUCCACUCACGGCGGCUGUGGUUGAAG